GCCGCCGGAGCCCCGACAGAGUAGACCGGACACGGUGGAGACCAGCAAGGUGAUAAAGGUGGACAGCUUCCGAACGACUUGUACAUUUCUUGGACUAUACUUGGGACGCACACACGGAACAGCUGUACCUGAACACUGGCUCAUCCACGGCACCGGUUUAGUUUUCAAUCUCCGUAAAGCUAACGUAGCUUUUAUAUCUAUUUUUCUUUUUUUUCCUUUUUCUUCGUAUCUUUAACGCUAUCUAAAAGGACAACCAUGCUCAGCCUCUGCCUCGUGUUGAUUCUGUCUGCCUCCGUUUUCUCAGAGUCGCAGGUUAGGGAGACAGAGACAUGGAUGCCCAUGAAGACGACACAGAAGGUCGCCAUGUCGACGCAUGGCGGCGAGCUAGAGUCAUCGGGAGACUCCCCGAACGGCUCCGACUUCGGCUUCGACGAAAACAAGUACUAUUUCGACACGCUGUACGAUGAUGAGGACGAGUACGAUGAGUCCUCUGGGUCUGGAGAUGGAGCAACAACAGUGUCACCUGACCAAGAGUCUGAGCCAUCAGUUAAGCCUGAUGUGAACGACAACAAGAUCCCAGAGGUGGAGCGCCCGGUGCGACCAACCGUCAACGAGGUUGACAUCGUGCGAGGGAGUAACGAGAUCCCGCUGCUGAAUAACGGGGCAGACCCCAACAAGGAUUACCCGUCCAAUGUCCUCAUGUCCCACGCCAGCGAAGACAGCAUCUUUCACAAGACGGAGGUCCUCGCAGCUCUGAUCGCGGGCGGCGCCGUCGGCCUGAUGUUCGCCGUCCUCCUCAUCCUCCUCCUCAUCUACCGCAUGAAGAAGAAGGACGAGGGCAGCUACGAUUUGGGGAAGAAGCCCAUCUACAAGAAGGCCCCCACCACUGAGAUCUACGCAUAGAUCCCGACCUCUUCUGCCCCUCCCCGACCUCACACACACACGAACACACACCUCACUCCCUUAACACCGUUAAAAACCCCGUCAGGGCCAGCCCCUGGUCUCACAGUGCCUCUUCUUCAUCCUCAUCAUCAUACCUCCUCCUCUUCCUCACUUUUAUUCUGACUGUACAGCGGAGUGACGCUCAAUAACGAACCAGGAGAGAGAAGCCCUGAAGACAAAAUCGAUUGACUGACUCCUCCUACCCGAUGUAUACUAAUAUUAUUGGUGCUCUCUUAACCAAUCAGAGGCUUUGUUGGUCCGCUUUGUUCCUCUUUUGGUUUUGUCAAACAAGGAAAAGGAGCAAGAGGAGCGGACUGUUUCAGCUGCGGGAACGCCGUGAUCAUUUUUGUCUUGUGUUUUUAUUAUUUGUCCCCAUGUCAAGAGAGAAAAAACAACAGAACUUUGAAACUGAGGACUUGGAGAACUUCAACUCCUCUUUCUCACCUCUUCCCUCCUUUUCUUCUCGUCCUCCACCUUCCAGUUAAAAACACUAACACUGUGCAAUGAUUUUUGCCUCGGUAUGGUACACAUUAACAGUCCAGUUAUUUAUUUCCCCUUCUCUUCCUCUCACUGUUUCUUGGACUGAAGCUUCUCACAUGACUGAAGCAAAUGAUUUUUAAGUGAACAUUUAUAUUUGAUUCUGUUUUUUGUUUUUGUUUUUUUUAGCGAACUCCUUGUAAUGCAGAGAGAUUUAAGACAUUUAAGUUUUUGUUUUUUUUCUAUUAAAGAAAAGUACACGUUAUUCAAACAGAUUUUGAUUCAGAAAGUUAUACAUCACUAUAAUGCUGUGGUUUUAUGCUGUCAUCCGUUAGAAUUGAUGUUAAUAAUGACAAUAUUUGCUCAGUUUUAUCCUUAGCGCACUCCUAAAAUUAUACAGAGAAGAGAGAGAGAGCCAAACAAGGGUCAGGUAUUUGCAAAUGGUUGUUUCUGCCUUUUUAUAUCUGUGCUGAACGAGCACUGAAAGAUGAUUCAGUUCAUGUUCUGUAAACUUUCAGAUGCAGCAGAGUUCAUUAAAAUGACCUUCAAAAGACUUUUUCUUUAAA